CUAUGGAUAUUAUAGAAUUUGCUGGGAAAAGUCUCCCUCACACACAUUAUUGGAAAUUACUGUCAGGCAUCUGAAGUUUGUCUAAUGCCUGCACAAGCCAUGAAUGUAACAAGUGAUCAGAAGCUGUAACUUUCAGAAUAAGUAUUGAUCACUAUUGAGUUGUUUUUGAAAGAGGGCAGGGAGAUGAUUUGCCAUUGCUUUCUCACAGUGGAAGGAGCAGACUGCACUUUGCAAUUCUUUGUGACCUGUCAGCUGACUUGUGUUUUAGCAGGCAAGAAGAACCCAUCAUCCAAGGGCAAGGUAGUGCUGACCAACAUGCGGAUACUGAGCAAUGGGUUGACAGUGUUGCCACCUACAGCCAUAGACCAUGCAGAGGAAUCCAAGCUUCCCAAAGUCAACAUCCCACUAGAAUGCUUGGGAAAUCCGGGCACAGGAGACUCCUCUGCAAAACGAGACAAUGUGGCCACUCUGACUUACCUCAACACCUUACAGUCCAAGUGCCAGCUUCAUAGAUUGUCCAAAUUUGAAUCGGAGGAUUCUGGGGUUGAACUGCCAAGUGGAGCUAAUUCUCCAUCUACACCAAAGGGCUCAGAGAAGAGCUUUGUGCUUCACACCGGAGACUUAUCUUCUGACUCUGGAGUGCUCAGCACCUCUUCUUCUCCAGAAAUUGACCAUAUCAUAAGACAGGGUAAAGACAUCAGAGAGGCCAGCCAGCGUGCCACAGAAAGUGAAAAGCAAGUUGAAUAUUACAGCCAGGCAGCAGAUACGGUGCAGAUCCCUACAGCUUCCUUAGAACAUUUCAGUGAUUGUCAGGAGGAACAAAGUCCUGAUCAAUUUUUUGGCCAAAGUGAAGGACAAUAUUUGGAAGAGAAUCCCAGCAAAGAGAAAGACCUUUCUAUUAAAGACAAUCCUCUAGCUGUUUACCCCAAAGAAAAGCAAAGGCCAAUCAUCAACCAUUACAAAGAUACCUUUGGGAGUAUGCAAGAUCUUCAGCUCCAUGGACACCAGCUCACAAAAUAUCCCACAAGCGACAGCUUAGAUGAAUACAUGGAUGAGUGUUGUCGAUUAAGUGAGGUGAACCAAGGGAACACCAAGGCUCUCAGCUCUGGCCUGGGGUAUCUAGAACACAUCUGUCAGCUGAUAGAGAAAAUCGGGCAACUGCAAGAACAUAACCUGCGACUCCAAAAGCAAGUGUGCAGUUUGCAGAAGGAGCAGAAGAUGAGCCAGAUAAAGCAAGAGUAUUUUCUGCAACACUGUUCUUGUGGAGCUGCCAGCAUCUUACUCAACUCGUACCAGGAGGUGAAGAAAUUUUUUCCUGGGAGGAGCAGACCGCAUAGUCUCUUGGUUCAGAGUGGAAAUCAGUCCGACCUUUCAAUCAUCCCGGAAAGAGGUGUGUUUUGGUACUGAUAUCUUGUGCCCCUGAUUCAUUCCUCUUCUGCAACUUGUGUUGUGCAAACUGGGGGUACAGUGCCACUAAACCAGAUGGGUAGGGUUUCAUGUUGCUUUGCUUUGCUUUGCUUUUGCACAAGUGUAAAUGCCUGCACAAGGCAAUAAUGAGUCAGGCCCAAA